CUUCACCCUGCUCGUUCUCGUACAGGCGUCUGGCCGGCAAUGUCGCAAAGUCUUGUAGCAGACCUGUGAGAAUUCGAUUGGGCAAGUGUUCAGGGGAAAAUCGGUCUCACAAUGAUCGGGCGUUCCGCAGCCGAAAAAUCGACAAUUUCCAAUGAAACAGAGAACUUUAUGAUGGACAAAAGUCCUCCCCUACCAAAGGUCGCCCCUGCGCCACGGAAUGUCCCCCGUGGCCUACCGACUGGAACUCGGGCUGGAUGGGUGGCCUCGGUUCGUAUCCCCACAAGAUCGUUGCCUUGCCGGGGGCGCAUGACUUCAACCUGUGACUCGUCUAUCACAACCUGAGGAUGGCGAUACAGCGAUUUAGCCUUGCUAGGCACUUUUUCCAGGAGUCAGCCACUCAUAGAGGCUUCAGCUUCCGACCUGUGGCCAGGAUUCUCUUAUAAGCUUGCACUAACUCGUGCCAUUUCAACACCUGUUUCUUUCCCACUAUUGUGUACUCAUUUCCUGCUACAGCAGCUUUAACUGAUCUACUUCUAAUGGCAGCCGCAGAGUACUUCCAGCCCGGCGCCAGACCGCCGUUUGAGCAACAAAAUAGUCUACACCACCCUCCGCAACCGCAGAGGGCGAGUUCCUCACAGCCGGCUUUUGGAUGGAACUCAUCACAACAGGGCCAUCCCAGCCCGCAGCAUCCAGCUCAGACUUCACACUACCCUCCGCCUCCUUAUCACGCGCUCAACCACGAACAGAAACCUCAAGCUGCCGUGCAUUUCGCACAGGCUCCCUCACCUGGCGAGCAUGAUCGGCCUUCUGUUGCUCAGCCGCGACCCCAGUCUUACUCUACGAAUCAACCCAUCUAUCAUGCACACCCAAGUCAACAGCUCGCUCCGUGUCAGCAAAAUCCUUAUGUGCCGCCAGAAUACCAGAGCCAACAGCCUUUCUACCCGCCACCACCUCAGCGCCCUCGUCCAAGCCUCUCGAACACUGAUCUAGCACAUGGGGGUGGCGGGUAUCUAUCAGACCCAGAGCCUCACAGGAGGAAACACAAGAACCGAUCGCGGCGGAUAUCAGACAAUUCACGGUCUACGAAUGCAGACGCAUUUCUGGGAGCCGCUGGUGGUGGUCUCAUAGGCGACCUGAUCUUCCCGGGUUUGGGUACAAUCGGUGGUGCUGUGGUCGGAUGGGUCGGUGGCAAAGACUAUGGCAAACACAGAAAGUGGCGAGAAGAUAAAAGAGACCGGGAACAAGAGAGAUGGGAGAAGCAGUUCGGAGAUCGGUCUCGGUCGAGGAGCCGCAGUCGGGGCAGGCGACGCAGGAGUCAUGAGUAAGAUUCGUACUGCUCACGUUUGGUGAUGAUUUCUCGAUAUCUCACGACGCUUACGACAGGUUUGGUAUUGACUUGGUGUGCCUAUCUUAGGAGGGUUCGCUAUGUACAAAUUCCUGGAGAAUGGUGAUAGACGAUAUUGUUGGCCUCAUGGGCCGACAUACGAGACCACAGUACUCGUACACAGUAUGCGAUGGAGUCGUAUCUUCUCAUUUGUCAAGAAAUUCCCUUGUGCUGCAAGAUCAAUGUGGCGCGAAUCAGGCCUGCAGCAUUCUCAUGCAGUGACGGUGGCAAAGGAACUGUA